GCCGUAGUCCGAAGUCUGUGAACUUCCUCGAUACUGUUUGAGUUUUGUGCUUUAAGAACAGCGCGUCAUUUCCGGAGAGUUCAAUGACAAGGCCUUCGUCCAUGGACGAUUGGUGUUACGUGGGCGUGGAUGUGGGCAGCGGCAGCGUUCGGGCCGCACUGGUUUCCCGUAACGGCCGUGUUACAGCCACAGCGGAGGAGCCCAUACACAUCUGGCAGCCUCAGACAGACUAUUACGAACAAUCUUCGGAGGACAUCUGGAGGAAAUGCUGCAGCACUGUGAAGAAAGUGACCGAAGGCAUCAUGAAGGAGCACGUCAGAGGGAUCGGGUUUGAUGCCACAUGCUCCUUGGUGGUCCUGGACCAGAACUUUCAGCCUGUAGCGGUUAAUAAAGACGGUGACACCGAGAGGAACGUUGUGAUGUGGAUGGACCACCGAGCGAUGGAACAAGCGUCCCGUAUCACAGCCACGGCUCACAGAGUCCUGAGCGCUGUAGGCGGCGUGAUGUCUCCAGAAAUGCAGCCGCCCAAGUUACUGUGGCUGAAAGAGAAUCUGAGGACAAGCUGCUGGAAGGAAGCCGCACACUUCUUCGACCUGCCAGACUUUUUGUCCUGGAAGGCAACAGGUUCAUUAGUAAGAUCACUGUGUACUGUGGUGUGUAAGUGGACUUAUUCUCCCCUGGACGGCUGGGACGACAGUUUCUGGGCCACCAUUGGUCUUGAGGACUUGAUUGAGAACAAUCAUUCAAAAAUCGGAGAGCGGACGUGUUAUCCCGGUAGCCCGGUCGGAGGAGGACUGACUCCAGAGGCAGCUGCAGAUUUGGGUCUAGAGCCAGGAACAGCUGUGGGAGGGUCUCUGAUCGAUGCCCACGCAGGAGGACUGGGUGUUAUUGGAGCGGAUGUAAGUGGCCAUCACUUGCCAUGUGAAAAUCAGCCAAUCACAUCGCGCAUUGCUCUGAUCUGUGGAACAUCCUCCUGUCACAUGGCUGUGAGCCGGAAGCCCCUGUUUGUUCCAGGUGUGUGGGGUCCGUACCUGUCCGCCAUGGUACCAGACCUGUGGCUUAACGAAGGCGGUCAGAGCGCUACGGGAAAACUGAUUGAUCAUGUGGUGACAGGACAUGCUGCUUUCUGUCAGUUAAAAGAGCGGGCAGAAAAAAGUGGACUGCAUAUUUACUCUUUCCUGAACGGCUACCUGGAGGAAAUGGCCAAAGACCUGAAGAACCUCGACGAACUGACCGCCGGCCUGCACGUGUGGCCCGAUUUCCACGGCAACCGAUCGCCUCUCGCUGACCAGAGCUUGAAGGGCAUGGUUAUCGGACUGUCUUUGUCUCAGAAGCUGGACGACUUGGCUCUUCUUUACCUCGCUACUCUACAAGCUACUGCUCUUGGCACCAGACACAUCCUGGAUGCACUGAGAGAAGCAGGACAUGACAUCACGACCUUAUUCCUGUGUGGAGGGCUCAGUAAGAACCCUCUGUUCGUCCAGAUGCACGCCAACAUCACGGGUUUGCCGAUCGUCCUUCCUGCAGAGAAAGAGGCCGUGCUGGUCGGCGCUGCUGUUCUCGGGGCCUGUGCAUCACGAGACUAUACCUGCAUUCAGCUUCUACAGGAAGAAGUACACCGUGUUCCUGCGUCUGUUCGCCCAUCAGAGAGAGUACGCAGCGCUGAUGAGCGACCACCCCAGGAAGUGAAAGUUUGGCCUGGUGAACACACACCUACAGUUUCCUCUGUGGGCAUCGAGCCUGAGCUGCUUCUGGUGCUGAUCUCGAACCCCAAACCGUUUAUGUCUGAGCAAGCAGCCUGUGUUUAUAUCUUAAUCAAGAUGUUUGAUCAUCAGUGAAGAUGUUCAGUUCAGUAAUUCCUGCUUGGUCAGCUCUCAGCGUGGUGAAUGCUGACGGAAGCAGAGAGGUGCGCGUGUGGUGUGUAUGUGUGAGAAUGUGUGUGUUUAAACUGACAAGCUGAAAGCCACAAAGCCAUCCAGUAUUCUGUAAAUCUUUUGAGGCCAACACGAAUCCUCCAACAGCUGAGCAAGCGAUCUGCUUCAAACACAGCGAUGGAAACACGACAACAUCUUCACUACUCACUUCCCAACCAGCGCUGAUCCACACUCGCGUCCUCUCGCGAGCUUAUUUUAACGUCCUCUGAUCGACACAACAACAACACGAGUUGUAAUUUCUGUAAUUAUGUUUGUUUCCGAAGUCAUCCUGAAAAACAGAAAGUCUCAUGUAUACUGCAUUAGACACACGAUUUCAGAUUAAAAUACCGGAAUUUCAGAUUUGCAAUAAUUAAAAUGACUAUGAGUGUGUUUUAAUAGUAAAUUUAAACAUGAACACAGAGAAUAAUUCAAACAAGGACACACAGUGGUGCUUGAAAGUUUGUGAACCCUUUAGAAUUUUCUGUAUUUCUACAUAAACAUGACCUAAACCAUCAUCAGAUUUUCACACAAAUCCUAAAAGUAGAUAAAGAGAACCCAGUUAAACAAAUGAGACUAAAAUAUUACACUUGGUCAUUUAUUUAUUGAGGAAAAUGAUCCAAUAUUAUAUCUCUGUGAGUGGCAAAAGUAUGUGAACCUCUAGGAUUAGCAGUUAAUUUGAAGGUGAAAUUAGACUCAGGGGUUUUCAAUCAAUGGGAUGACAAUCAGGUGUGAGUGGGCACCCUGUUUUAUUUAAAGAACAGGGAUCUAUCAAAGUCUGAUCUUCACAACACAUGUUUGUGGAAGUGUAUCAUGGCACAAACAAAGGAGAUUUCUGAGGACCUCAGAAAAAGCGUUGUUGAUGCUCAUCAGGCUGGAAAAGGUUACAAAACCAUCUCUAAAGUGUUUGGACUCCACCAAUCCACAGUCAGACAAAUUGUGUACAAAUGGAGGAAAUUCAAGACCAUCGUUACCCUCCUCAGGAGUGGUCGACCAACAAAGAUCACUCCAAGAGCAAGGUGUGUAAUAGUCGGCGAGGUCACAAAGGACUCCAGGGUAACUUCUAAGCAACUGAAGGCCUCUCUCACAUUGGCUAAUGUUAAUGUUCAUGAGUCUACCAUCAGGAGAACACUGAACAACAAUGGUGUGCAUGGCAGGGUUGCAAGGAGAAAGCCACUGCUGUCCAAAAAGAACAUUGCUGCUCGUCUGCAGUUUGCUAAAGAUCAACUGGACAAGCCAGAAGGCUAUUGGAAAAAUGUUUUGUGGAUGGAUGAGACCAAAAUAGACCUUUUUGGUUUAAAUGAGAAGCGUUAUGUUUGGAGAAAGGAAAACACUGCAUUCCAGCAUAAGAACCUUAUCCCAUCUGUGAAACAUGGUGGUGGUAGUAUCAUGGUUUGGGCCUGUUUUGCUGCAUCUGGGCCAGGACGGCUUGCCAUCACUGAUGGAACAAUGAAUUCUGAAUUAUACCUGUCAUGGUCCUACCUGUGGGCUUCUCUCUUCAGGUAACAUCUCCACUCAGCAUUACCGGCCACGCCCGCACUCACUUCCUCUUAUUAACUUUCAGUGACUGUCAUUGGCUGUUGCCGAUCACCUGCUUCCCCCUGGGUGUAUUUAAGCUGCAGUUCUCCCUAGCCUCAGUGUCAGAUCGUCUGCAACUCUCAGCCUGACAACCUGCUCUGUGUAACUACUACUCUGACUCCUGAUAUUGUGCUGUUCUGUUUGACUCUGUCUGCUCUCCAGCCCCAGUAACCUGAUCUGCCUUCUGUCCUGUUGACUCUGCCUCUUGCACCUUCGCCUGUUCUCCAGCUCGCUCAGCCCUGCUGCUAGCCUGCAGCCACAGCUCUCUGACUACGCCAGAUCCCAUCAGGUCUCAGAAGCUAAGCAGGGUCGGGCCUGGUCUGUACUUGGAUGGGAGACCUCAGACGUCACCACCAGCCAUCCCUGCCUCUGGAUUUCACCUACACACAUUCUCCCAACUCCCCUUUCCCCUAUUAUUAAUAAACUGUGGUUUGAGCGCA